UCAACCUUUCAUCCAAAUGAUAAAAAACUCUGAUUAUAAUUAUUCCCAUCAAAUCGCAAGUGUAAAAGCACCGGUGACCUCCACAGAAGCCACCACCGCCGUCGCAGCUGAAACCACCAACUCAAUGAGCGACCGCUUCUCCAAAUUUCGAAACCCAAAACCGCCGAAACAAAAUUCCCAAUCCUCAACAAUGGCGCGAAAAUCCGCUCUUCUGAAACAAUCUCUAAUCUGCUCAAUUUGCUCCAUCCUCGCCAUCUAUGCUCUCUUCAAUUCCUUCUUCAGUCCCACCGCCUACUACCUCUCCGAUUCUCCCGAGAAACAAACAGAAAAUAUUCUCAAUAUCAACACCAGCAGCAGCAGCAAGAAAGUUAAAGUUUUCAUGUAUGAUCUGCCCAAGAAAUUCACUACUGGCAUUAUUAUUCAGCACGCGGUGGCGCGUGGGAAUAAAGACGACGGCAAUUUGAAGUACCCAGGUCACCAGCACAUGGGUGAGUGGCACUUGUAUGCUGAUUUGAUCCGACCCGAGUACGAAAGAAAUGGGUCGCCCGUUUUAAAAGUGGAUGACCCUGAUGAUGCUGAUUUGUUUUUUGUUCCCUUUUUUGCUUCUUUAAGUUUGAUUGUGAACCCGAUUCGACCGCCCGGGUCGGCUGACUCGGUUCAGCAUUACAGUGAUGAGGAGAUGCAGGAGCAGUUAGUGGAGUGGUUGGAGCAGCAGGAGUAUUGGAAGAGGAGUAAUGGGAGAGAUCAUGUGAUCGUUGCGGGUGAUCCGAAUGCGAUGUACCGGGUUUUGGAUCGGGUUAAGAAUGCGGUUUUGUUGCUGUCGGAUUUCGGGCGGGUUAGAGGUGAUCAAGGGUCUCUUGUGAAGGAUGUGAUUAUUCCUUAUGCUCAUAGAAUUAAUGUUUAUAAGGGAGAUAUUAGUGUUGAUGAUAGGAAGACAUUGUUGUUUUUCAUGGGGAAUCGCUAUCGGAAAGAUGGAGGCAAAAUUCGCGAUUUGCUAUUCCAAAUGCUGGAAUCCGAAGAGGAUGUUGUGAUAAAACAUGGAACACAAUCGAGGGAGAAUCGACGCGCAGCUUCACAUGGAAUGCAUACAUCACAGUUUUGUUUAAAUCCAGCUGGUGAUACUCCAUCAGCUUGCAGACUUUUUGAUUCUAUUGUGAGCUUGUGUGUUCCAGUAAUAGUCAGCGAUAGCAUUGAGUUGCCUUUUGAAGAUGUCAUAGACUACAGAAAAGUUGCCAUCUUUGUUGGGACAGAAGAUUCUUUAAAGCCGGGAUAUUUAGUUACAAUACUUAGAAGCAUAACUUCAAAACAAAUUCUGGAAUAUCAGAAAGAGCUGAAAAAGGUGAGGCGAUAUUUUGAAUAUGACAACCCAAAUGGAACUGUGAAUGAAGUAUGGCGUCAAGUUGCACAGAAGUUACCUCUUAUAAGAUUAAUGAUAAAUCGCGACAAAAGGCUUGUCAAGAGGGACUUGACUCAACCAGACUGUUCUUGUUUAUGUACAAAUCAGACUGGCCCAUUGCGGUAAUCACCUUCCUAUGACGUCAAUUUUUGGCAGCUGAUACUUCCAAACGUCUUGUGCGCGUCUCUUAUUAUAUCCGUGGGAGAAGACCUUUUUCUUGGUCUUGGAGAGUAAGAAAAUAACCGCAUAGUUCAUAUUUAUUCAAAAGAUGGGAGAGCCGCUCCUUUAUGGGUUUAAACUUUAAACCACUCGCCCCGGACAUGAGAUAUGCAUUGGAAGAUUUUGUGCAUGCUUACCGUUGUGUGAUAUACAGCACAUAGUCACGAGCUGUUGUUAUAAUUCAUUUGUAAGUUUUAGAGAAUAAUAAUUACUAAGUUCUGAUAAGUUUUGUAGUUUUGCAAAUGAAAAUAAUGUAUUAUCAGUUGGAUAUAUUAUCCUUGACUGCAUCAAUGUGCACAUUUUUCCUACAAGGAUCAUUCAUAUGUUUUCAUUAUUAA